CAGUCUGUCAUGUCAUUUGCUACUACAAACAACAAAAAUAAGUAUGUAACUAUGUACCUACCAAAAAAAAAAACAAUAUUCGGUCGGUUUAGCUACGGAAAAAUACGUGUAACUAGAGAGAGAUUAUUAUUCCGAUUCCGUGUGUUUAGCAAUACUUAACCUGCCUAUUGCGAAUUGCGGUGCGGAGGGAGAGCAAGAAGUAAAAACUUGUUUGAUUUAUUGAACCAAACAUAGAUUUAGUUAGAAGGGCAGGGCCCCGCGCGGGAACCAAACAAGAACUACGAACAUUUUAUAUAGGUACUUCAAUAAAAUGUCACAUAAAAAAGGAGAUUUGAAAAUAUAUUGGAAUAAGAUAAAUUACGCUUUCCCUAUAUUAAAUGAUACAACUUUCAGCGACUGUACGAGUGCCGAAUAUGAAGAAAUUCAGCAAAUCAUUGUCGGAUUGGGCAUUCAAAUAAGAAUAAGAGACCUUGCAUUAGUGCAUAUAGAGAAAUAUCUUCGCCAGCAUGUCGCUCCAUCUUUCUGGUCUAAAUUUAUUAAAGCAGAAGAGGAGGUUAAAGGUUUCCAGCUGUUCAAGUCAGCGGUCAACGAUCUCUAUGAGUCAGUAUCGAGCUUUCAGGAUAUGUUGCGAAGGUUGACAGUGCUGAAUAGUAGUUGUUGUGAUAACAAACCUGUCUUUGGUGAGAAAGAUGUCAUUAUGGGUUUCAAGCAGCAAAUCAGGGCAACCCUUCUGUCUCAAUUACCAUUGGAUUAUCACAUUAUAAUCAAUCAUUUCUACAAAGUGUCUUUUAAUGUAUUUGAUAAUGAAUAUGAAUAUUCUGAUAUGGGUGAAGAUGUUAUGUGCUCAGGAUGCUGGAAUGAGUAUUCAGAUUGCAACUGUUCUUAUAUUGUCAAGGUGUUUCAUGAUACAAACAGGAAGUUGAUGGAUUUACAGUUACUUGAGCGGCUUACGGGACAGGUUUUGACAAACUUCAUCCAAACAAGAAUAGAGUCCCAUAUACAAAAAUUGUGUGAUGGCACUUUUGAUGUAUCUCAUAUUGGUUUUUUAGAAAAUUGGUUGGACACCACAGUGAUGUCAUGGUUAACAAGAAUUUAUUGUGCAGGCUCAUCUAAACCACCACCUGAUGAUAAGAAUAUACAAAACGCAAUUUCAAAAUUUAAGCAAAAGUUAAGCUAUUAUCUAUAUCAUAGUUAUACUAAGUUAAGGAUAGAUCAACUAUUUAAUAUAAUCAUCGAUUAUCCAGAUUCCCAACCUGCAGUAGAGGAUAUAAAGUUGUGUUUGUGCAAGACUGAUCUGAGAGCCUCUUUGUGCAAAAACUUGCAAGCUGCUCUAGAGACUAGGCUGCUGCACCAUGGAGUGAACACAACAGAUAUAUUGACUGCUUAUGUUUCUACAAUACGAGCUUUGAGACAUUUAGAUCCAUCUGGAGUUAUUUUAGAAACUGUAACGAAGCCAGUUAGAAAUUAUUUGAGGAACAGAGAGGAUACUGUGCGCAGUGUAGUGAGUAGCCUCACAGAAGACAGUGCUGGCAGUGAGCUAGCUGAGGAACUUGCUAAGUUUGCUGUGGAUGGUGAAGGAGAAAUUGACAAGGAUGAAGCUUGGGAUGAAUGGAAUCCAGAUCCAGUGGAUGCAGACCCUAAAGUCAAUUCCAGUGACCGGAAAGCAAAUGACAUAAUAUCUAUGCUGGUUAAUGUUUAUGGUAGUAAAGAAUUGUUUGUUAAUGAAUACCGCACACUCUUAGCAGACAGGCUACUGGCACAGGGAGUCAUCAACACUGAAAAAGAAAUUAGAUACUUGGAAUUAUUGAAAUUGAGAUUUGGUGAGUCUCAAUUGCAUUUUUGUGAAGUGAUGCUAAAAGACAUAUCAGAUUCAAAGAGGAUCAAUGCUCUCAUACAACAAGACAAAGAUUUUGAAGCAGAAAAUAAAAAGUUUGCCUCUAAUGCCAUGAUUUUGUCUGCACAAUUUUGGCCACCAUUCAAAGAUGAAACUUUAGAAUUGCCAGAAGAAAUACAAAAUCAUUUUAAAUCUUACACAAAGUCAUAUGAAGCAUUAAAAGGCAAUAGAACAUUAGAUUGGAAACCACAUCUUGGCAAUGUCAACAUUGAAAUAGAAAUAGGGAAUAAGAAGCUGGAUUUGACAGUCUCUCCAUUCAAUGCUACUCUAAUCAUGCAUUUCCAAACAAAACCAGAGUGGUCACUUGAGGAGCUCCACCAGGCGAUGAAAGUUCCAGUUACUAUACUCAGGAGGAAAAUCACAUAUUGGCAGUCGAUGGGCCUUGUGUCAGAAAAGAGUUCUGAUGUUUAUGUGUUAGUAGAUGGCUCAGAUGCAAACAAAUCAAGUGUUGCCUCAAAUCAGGUACAAGAAAUGAUAUGUGAAGAUGAUGAAGCAGAAAGUGUGAUGGCGUCAGCACAUGACCAGAGAGAAAGAGAUCUCCAGGUAUUUUGGUCAUAUAUUUUUGCCAUGUUGACUAAUUUGAACUCAUUACCACUAGACAGAAUACAUCAAAUGCUCAAAAUGUUUGCUCCUGGGACAGAAUGCAGUCUUCAGGAACUGCGUCAAUUUUUGGACACAAAAGUACGAACACAUCAACUUGUUCUUCAGGGGGGCAUGUAUAUGUUACCAAAAACGUAAUAAAUAAAUAAAUUAGACACAUUGGAAAGUUUAACAACUUUAUUUUUUUUUGCAGUUUUAAAUAUAAAAAUUUGGUUACAAUAUGUCUGUAGGUUAUUAUAUAUUUUCAAAUUACUGAAAUAACAUAAGACAAUUAUUCAGUGAAGCAAUUAAUUGGAUCAACAAAUAUUAAUAAAUUAACUACAAUAAAUAGUGAUACCACCACAUUAUUUUAUAGAAAUAAGAUAUUAAUUUAAUACUCAAUUAUUUCAAUACAUAAUCUUGUGUCAGUCUUAACAUCUAUAAAAAUACUGUUAAAUUAAAAUGUAACCAAUGUAUUUUUCACCCAACAAAUUACAGUAAUAACAGUUACCUAUAUAAUAUUGAGAAACAAAUACAGAUUCAUCAAAAAUAUUUGUUUGGAAUGCAUUUAGUACAUGAAUAAACUUAAAUGCAAAGAAA